UCAAGAAGCAGAGACGCGCACGUUUUAUUUUAUUUACAAAAUUUACAUUUAAUUUCCACCGAUUUUUAGCCACAAAUGCUGCAAAAUGGUGGAUAAUAUAACGCUGAAUGUAAAUGUUGGGCCGACGGCCCAGAAAAAAGCACAACAGUUGCCUUCGAAAGCGGUUAAAAAACGUGGACAAAAAUCGGAGAAUUUCGACUUUCAAUUCAAUGCGGAGAAGCCGAAAGUCAAGGCAAUUGUGGUGCGAAGAAGGGCGGUUUCGACAGCCUCAAAAGCUACGAAUCCUACUUCAAAACAAGUGCCCUCAGUUUCCACCGCGAAUUCUUCAGAUUCUUCUACUAAAAAAGAUGAUUUAUCCAGCUCCGAUCUUAUGUUCAAUAUUACGCCCUCGAAAUCAGCUGAAAAAAUCACUUCAGGCGACGAUUUCAUGCUGAAUGUGACCACCAAACCGGUGGUCACCCAGAAAGCGAAGCCAAAAAUCACUAGAGCCGAGCGAUUGGGCAAGAAACAGCGGCAGGGGAAGCCCCUGGCGAAGCUCAGCGAUGAGCAGCUCACGAAGGCAUUGAAAAACCACCGAAAGCCGCAGAAUCCCAAUCAAAUGCCGCGGGCAGGCGACAUUUUCCGGGCCCAAAUGGAAGAGGAGAGGCGGAAAAGAAGGCAGGAGGAAGCUGGAGAGGAUGAGGAGCCAGGAGAACCAGCAUCCGCUAAGAAAGCCACAUCAUCUGAAAAGGAAUCCCCCAAAUCCCUGGAGGAAUCAUCCAAAUCCGACGAAGAAACCCCAGUAGAAGCCCAAAAACCCAGCAAAAAGCAAGGAGAAACCCCUGUAAAUCGCUUUCGCACCAAGAAGAUCGGCCUCUUCGACCAGAGCGACGUGGAGGCCCUCAAGCAGCUGGGCCAGCGGGCGGUGAAGCCCGUCAAGGAGACCAUCUUCACGGGCACGAAGAUAUCCACCCUGGGACUGCAUCCCCAUGCGGUGAAAAAUUUAGAGGACCUGCUGAGCAUCCGUGAGCUGACCAGCGUGCAGCAGAAGGCGAUACCCGAGGUGCUGCAGGGCAGGGAUGUGCUGGUGCGUUCGCAAACGGGCUCUGGAAAGACUCUGGCCUACGCUCUGCCGCUGGUAGAACUCCUGCAAAAGCAGGAGCCCAAGAUUCAGCGCAAGGACGGCGUGCUGGCCCUGGUUAUCGUGCCCACGCGGGAGCUCGUGAUCCAGACGUACGAACUCAUCCAGAAGCUGGUCAAACCCUUCACCUGGAUCGUGCCCGGCUCUUUGCUGGGCGGCGAGAGCCGGAAGAGCGAAAAGGCGCGCCUGCGCAAGGGCAUCAACAUACUGAUCGGCACGCCGGGUCGUCUGGUGGAUCACCUGCUGCACACCGCCAACUUCAAGCUCACGAAGCUACAGUUCCUCAUCCUCGACGAGGCCGAUCGCCUGCUGGAGCUGGGCUACGAGCGCGAUGUCAAGCAGCUGGUGGAGGCCAUCGACAAGCAGCGGGCGGAGAGCGAGCAGAAGGAUGAUCUUCCCCAGCUGCAGAGGAUGCUGCUGAGUGCCACCUUGACUUCGCAGGUCCAACAGCUGGCGGGUUUGACCCUGAAGAAUCCCCUCUACAUCGACAACAGCGAUGAGGCGGCCAGCUUGGCCCUGAAAUCCAAGGAUGGCUACCAAAAGGAGACCAUUGAGGCUCUACUAGAGGUGGAGGAGGAUGGACUAGGCGAAUACCAGGAGGAUGUGACUGGGGUGCUCAGCAUUCCCGAGAAUCUGCAGCUCAGCUAUGUGGUGGUGCCGCCCAAGCUGCGCCUGGUGGCCCUGUCCUCGCUGCUCUCCAAGGAACUGGACGCCAGUCCCAAGCAGUUCAAGGCCAUCGUCUUUAUGAGCACCACGGAGAUGGUGAACUUCCACCACGACAUGCUGAACGAGGCGUUGACCAGGAGAGUGCUCGACGAGGAGGAUGAGCAGGAGGAGGGGGAUUCGGAGGACGACGGGGAGACGCCGCUGCUGCAGGGACUGCGCUUCUUCAAAUUGCAUGGCUCCAUGACUCAAACCGAGCGACAGGGCGUCUUUCGAGGAUUUCGGGACUGCGCCAGCUGCGUCCUCCUGGCCACCGAUGUGGUGGGUCGUGGCAUCGAUGUGCCGGACAUUAAGCUCGUGGUGCAGUACACUCCGCCGCAGACCACCGCCGACUUUGUGCAUCGCGUGGGCCGAACGGCGAGGGCGGGACGAAGGGGCAGGGCCGUGCUGUUCCUGGCGCCCAGCGAGGCGCAGUUCGUGCGGCAUCUGGAGAAGAAGCGCAUACGCAUCCAGCAGGGCGACAUGUACGCCUAUCUGCAGACCCUGCUGCCCAAGGACGACGAGGCGAGGACCGUGCAGGAGGCGGCCUCCAAUCUGCAGCACAAGUUCCAGACGCUGCUCGAGGAUGAUCGCGAGCUGCACGACAAGUCCUGCAAAGCCUUUGUGUCCUGGAUGAAGUUCUACUCGACGUUUCCCAAGGAGCUGAAGCCCAUCUUCAAUGUGCGCAUCGCCCACAUGGGCCACUUUGCCAAGAGUUUUGCGCUGAAGGAGGCGCCCUCCAAGUUCGCCGCCCAGCAUGCCGCCCCCAAGGCGGCCCCGCCCACCAACCGACUGACCUACACGGAAAGAGAUCCCGAGAAGAUUCAGGCCCAGAAGCGGGCCAAGCGGCGCUUCACGACGACGGUCAGCGGGGAGGUGCGUCAGCUGCAGCAGCGGGAUGGAGCGCAGGCCGGGAAGCCCGGAGCGCCGGGAUCGAGGGGAGGCUUCCAGGGCGGCGGAGUGGGUCGCAGCAGCUUCAUGAAGAGCCUGGGCAAGUCGAGGGCCCUGAAUAUGUCCGAGUUCGACAGUGGAUUGCCGCCGGAGGGACCCGCCAAGCGGCGAAAGCAGGCGUAGGAGGUGGAAUUCAGCUGGAGGAGAUUAGAGGAGGAGGAGAACGGAGAAGGAGCACUUUGCGGCACUUUAUGCGCGCCAUUUUGCCUGUCCGCUGUGCCUGCUCAAGCAUUUAAUCGAAAAGAAAAUUGCUCCAUAUAUAUAUAUACUAUAUGUACAGCCGAGUGAAAAUCUAGGAAAAU